CCAAGCAGUGUCAGUAAGUAGUUACGGUAAUAGUGCUAAAAUAGUUCCACUCGCAUAGCGGCAACAACAAAAAUAUACAAUUUCAAGACAUAAAACUAAAGUGUUGCCAUUCACAGCCAAAAAACAAGAGUUUUGUGUCGUUCCAAUGCCACUGCCCUGUGUCAUUUGAGCCAACAGCAAUUACAUACCUAAAAACAAACACACAAACAAACAAACAAAAAUCGAAUACUGAAUAUUUCUGCAAAAGCAGUGUUGUAUGUACACAUGCAAAGAGGUGGCAACACUGUAAUUAUGUGUAAUGCCAAGUUUUUGCUGCUGCAGCACAUACCGCAAAAACUGCAAUUACAAGAGACAAAAAUUCUGGACACAAUGACAUUUGGCUACAUCAAGUACCGUUAGCUGUUGUGUUGCCAACCAAGUAAUCCAUUGCCCUAGUACUUUUCGCCACGAAACGAAAGAAAAACAUAUCAGCAAUACGUGUUGAAACAACAAAACAAACAAGAGCAAGAACUCUUAGAAGAAAAAAAAAACAAAAAUUUUUGAAGUAAAAAUAACAUACUCACAUAUGCAUAUGUAAGUCGUAUGUAGCAAGUACCGAAAAUAAACACCAAAGAAACAGAUUUCGCAGCCACACGAGAAACCGCAUUAGAACUUUUCUGUGGUGCGUAUAAAUGACGAAUUGCAGACUUGUGCAACAAAAUGGCAACCCCGCAAUUCUCCCAAAUCAUUAUCAAUCGGAAUUCCCCAUUUGUCACUGCUCCUGCAGCGCAAAAUCACAAAACAACAAAAAGUACAACAGCAACAGCAACAGCAAGAACUACAACUACAACUACAACUUCUUGCUGCCGACUGCAACAGAAUCGUGUGCGAAGAAAAUGUUGUUGCAGCCGAACUGCCAUUGCAAAUGGCAAACCAUCGGGCGGGGAUAUGCUAACACAAGAGGAUUACUGCAGCACCAAGUGCAGCAGCAACAACAACAACAACGGCAGCAGCCACAACAACAACGGCAGCAGUUCACGCAACUGGCUACUGCUUCGACUUGGUUGGAGCGAACAAUUGCUGCUGGCUUGUGUUUUACUCGCCUCCGCUUGCGGUCGUACGGGUUGCGACGAGUCACAGGACUUUCAGAAAGCGAUACCCGCCAGAGUAGUUUGGGCUGCGGUUGGCAAAAGCGUAGAUUUGCUGUGCGAUUUAACGCCUCCAACGCCGCAGGACUCCGUGAAGCUGCUGUUGUGGUUCAAGGACUCCACCGGAAUACCACUAUACAGCUUGGAUUCACGCAACGGAAAUAUAAAAUUAGCACCACAUUCGGCCAUAGCUAGCGAUCUGGGUCAGCGUCUGUUCUUCUCCAUAGGCGAUAAUCCGAAGGACUCACGCUUACAAAUACGCGAUGUGAAGCCAACAGAUGGCGGCAUUUAUCGCUGUAGAAUAGACUUUUUCAAUUCGCCAACACGAAACUUUAGAAUUAAUUUAACUUUAGUAGUUCCCCCAGAGGAGCCACGCAUUUUCGAUGCACAAGGCAAGGAGAUCGCUCAGAUGGCCGGUCCAUUUCGUGAGGGCUAUGAGCUUUUUUUAUGCUGUCAAGUCAAAGGAGGACGUCCGCCACCAAAAGUCACCUGGUGGCAUGAUGACAUGGAGCUGAUAGGCACCAGCCAUACAUCUGUGGAAGAGGGUACGACCAUGAUGGUGAAUCAAUUGUUGAUCGGCACAACAACGCGUGAUUAUUUUGGUGCGAAAAUUGAGUGUCGAGCGCAAGGCACGAAGCUUAUAGCGCCAGUGGUGAAGAAUGUGACAGUGCAAGUGCAUUUGAAACCGGUGCGCGUGAAAAUACUCACAGCUAAUGAUCUGCUGACAGCCGGUCAGCCUGUGCCUUUGCGCUGCGAUUCGUGGGGUUCAUAUCCAGCGGCGAAGAUUACAUGGUUGUUGGACGGUGAGCCGAUACGAAAUGCCGAAGUGACUGUACACAGUGAUAGAGAGGACUCGAAUACCACAACCAGCAUUCUCAAUUUGAAGGUAACAUCGGAGAACGAUAAUGCUGAACUGACGUGUCGUGCAUCGAAUCCUUGGUUCUCUGGUAGUGCCAUUGAGGACAAGCGCAUCAUUCGAGUGGCAUAUCCACCAACAGUGUCCGUGCAUUUAGCCAACGAGGAUCCCAGUCGUUUUGUGACCAAAUCUGAGGGAGAAAACGUGACCUUCAAGUGUCGCGCCGAUGCGAGGCCACCAGUAACUUCGUAUGCUUGGUUCAAAAAUGGCAUGCGUAUGUCUGGUGAGAGUACAGAGAUAUUGCAUCUGACUCAGCUGCUGCGCGAGAGUGCGGGUGCGUAUGCGUGUGGUGCAGCCAAUACGGAGGGAGAAACGCGCAGCAACAGCUUGACGCUUAAAGUGCAAUAUUCGCCCCGAUGCCGACCGGGUACCGAGCAAACAUCACUUGGUGCACUCAAUAUACACUCAGUACAGGUAAAAUGUGAAGUGGAUGCGGAUCCCGCAGACUCAGUGAAAUUUAGUUGGACCUACAACAACACAAGAAAUGUGUCGCCGGUGCUCAACUCCAGAAUCACUUCGAAUGGGCUGGUCAGCACCGUAACAUAUCUGCCACAAACUGACUCCGAGCUGAUAACGCUCGCCUGCUGGGCCAGCAACUCUGUGGGACGCCAAACAACGCCAUGUCUGGUGCACAUUCUACCAGCAAAUACACCGGAAGCACCGAAGGCUUGUGAGCUGCGCAACGACACUGUCUUGGAGGUGGUUUGUGUGGCUGGCAAUGAUGGUGGGCUCACUCAAUAUUUCCUGCUAGAAGUGAUUGGUGGCGAUCCACUGUAUGCCAACGAUGCAGGGCGUAGUUUUGCCGACGCUAAUGUAGGCGACAAUGAGCUCUCCACUAUGAACGACCAGGUAUGUAAGCAGAUUACAUAUUUACCAAUUUACAUGCGAUU